AUGCCCAACGCAGGGGGCUGUGGGGGAGGUUCUGACUGUCGCCUGCGGCUGAGCCUCGGCGGGCGCGGAGGAGUCGCCUCCGCGACUCGCGGUGUUGGCCCCGCACGCCUUCUUCCCGCCCCGCGCUCCCCCGGGCUUCUGUCCAGCUGCGUCUCCGGAGGACCGAACGUUUAUCACAGACGCCGCAGGGUGGUCCUGCCCAACGCGCCGCGGACUGAUGCAGUCAGGAACCCUCACUGCUCGCUGCAUCUGUCAUCCGCAGGACAACCCAGGGCGUUCCGGAGCCUGGAACUCCCGCUGGAGGAAGCCGACGAACCGGACUCCGCGGAGCGCGCGGGAGGAGCCGCGGGAAUCCAGGGAGAGGAGGGCGCGGCGGGCGGCGAGGGCGCGGCGCGCACAGGAACUCUGCCGCGCCAGCCGCGGUUGUCUGUUUCGCUCACGAUUCUGUUCCUUGGCGACUUGAACAGAGACUGGGACUUUGAGUCCUGGCUCCGAUGGAACUCUAUCCUCCUGCCGCCGCUGCCGGAGAUGCUCCCACUUCAUCUUCAGGGCUUUGUCAGGCACCGCCCCUUCUACGUGCGGACAACCAGCCCCACGACCGCCGGGGCCAUCCGCCGCAGCCGCCCGCACUUGAUCCGAAAGAACAAGUACCGCCGGAGUUGCGCGCGGCCGCCAUCCGCCCCGCGCACCGCGCGGUCGUUCUGCGCAGCCUGUGAUGGUGAAAGAGAGGCGGACCUGCCCCACCCAGAGCCCCUGGCCGACCCCCUUCCCCGAAGCAAUGACAUUCAGCCUAUAAGAGGGGCAAACCAGUCGAGAGUCUCUGAGUUCCUCCUCCUGGGGCUCUCCAGGCAGCCCCAGCAGCAGCAGCUCCUCUUCCUGCUCUUCCUCACCAUGUACCUGGCCACGGUCCUGGGAAACCUGCUCAUCCUCCUGGCCAUCAGCGUGGACUCCCGCCUGCACAUCCCCAUGUACUUCUUCCUCUGCAACCUGGCCUUUGUGGACACCUGCUUCUCCUCCACCACUGUCCCCAAGGUGCUGGCCAACCACAUACUUGGGAGCCAGACCAUCUCUUUCUCUGGGUGUCUCACACAGAUGUACUUUGUUUUCAUGUUCGUGGACAUAGACAAUUUCCUCCUGGCUGUGAUGGCCUAUGACCGCUUUGUGGCUGUAUGCCACCCCUUACACUAUUCAGCAAAGAUGACCCCCCAGCUCUGUGCCCUACUGGUCACUGGGUCGUGGAUCAUCGCCAACUUGAAUGUCCUGUUACACACCCUGCUGAUGGCUCGACUCUCCUUCUGUGCAGACAAUGCCAUCCCCCACUUCUUCUGUGAUGUGACUCCCCUCCUCAAACUCUCCUGCUCUGACACACACCUCAAUGAGGUGAUGAUUCUGACUGAGGGUGCCCUGAUCAUGAUCACCCCGUUCGUUUGCAUCCUGGCUUCAUAUGUCCUUAUCGCCUGCGCUGUCCUGAGGAUCCCAUCCCCAAAGGGGAGAUGGAAAGCCUUCUCCACUUGUGGCUCCCACCUGGCUGUGGUUUCCCUCUUCUAUGGCACCAUCAUUGCUGUGUAUUUCAACCCUUCAUCCUCCCACUCAUCAGAGAAGGACACUGCAGCUACUGUGAUGUACACAGUGGUGACUCCCAUGCUGAAUCCUUUCAUCUACAGCCUGAGGAACAGGGACUUGAAAAGGGCUCUUGGAAAAGUGGUUGGCAGGAAAAUGUUUUCUGUCUCAGGAGAGAAUCAAAACUGA